GACCUUGCUUUUAAGCCCGAUGGAACCCAACUGAUUUUGGCUGCAGGAAACAGAUUACUGGUUUAUGACACCUCUGAUGGCACCUUGCUUCAGCCUCUAAAGGGACACAAAGACACUGUGUAUUGUGUGGCAUAUGCCAAGGACGGCAAGCGCUUUGCUUCUGGAUCAGCUGAUAAAAGUGUUAUUAUCUGGACAUCGAAAUUAGAAGGCAUCUUGAAGUACACGCACAAUGACUCUAUCCAGUGUGUCUCCUACAACCCGGUGACCCACCAGCUGGCAUCCUGCUCCUCGAAUGACAUUGGCAUGUGGUCUCCUGAACAGAAGUCUGUCUCCAAAUACAAAUCAAGUAGCAAGAUCACCUGCUGCAGCUGGACUAAUGAUGGCCAGUACCUGGCUCUGGGGAUGUUCAAUGGGGUCAUCAGCAUCCGGAACAAAAACGGUGAGGAGAAAGUGAAGAUUGAGCGGCCAGGGGGCCCCCUCUCCCCAAUAUGGUCCAUCUGCUGGAACCCUUCAAGAGAGGAACAUAAUGACAUCCUGGCUGUAGCUGACUGGGGACAGAAACUUUCCUUCUACCAGCUGAGUGGAAAGCAGAUUGGGAAGGAUCGGCCACUGAACUUUGACCCCUGCUGCAUCAGCUACUUUACUAAAGGGGAAUACAUUUUGCUGGGAGGCUCAGACAAGCAAGUAUCCCUUUUCACCAAGGACGGAGUGCAGCUUGGUACGGUUGGGGAGCAGAACUCCUGGGUGUGGACAUGUAGAGUGAAACCUGAUUCCAACUACGUGGUGGUGGGCUGUCAGGAUGGCACCAUUUCCUUCUACCAGCUUAUUUUCAGCACAGUGCAUGGGCUCUACAAAGAUCGGUAUGCUUACAGGGACAGCAUGACUGAUGUCAUCGUACAGCACCUGAUAACCGAGCAGAAAGUUCGGAUUAAAUGCAAAGAGCUUGUCAAGAAAAUUGCCAUCUACAAAAAUCGAUUAGCUAUCCAACUGCCAGAGAAAAUCCUCAUCUAUGAGCUGUAUUCAGAUGACUCGUCAGACAUGCAUUACCGGGUGAAGGAGAGGAUUGUCAAGAAGUUUGAAUGCAACCUCCUGGUGGUGUGUGCAGAUCACAUCAUCCUCUGUCAGGAGAAAAGGCUGCAGUGUCUGUCCUUCAGUGGAAUGAAGGAGCGGGAGUGGCAGAUGGAGUCUCUCAUUCGCUACAUCAAGGUGAUCGGUGGCCCUCCUGGGAGAGAAGGUCUGUUGGUGGGCCUGAAGAAUGGGCAGAUCCUAAAGAUCUUCGUGGACAAUCUCUUUGCCAUCGUCCUGCUCAAGCAGGCCACAGCCGUGCGAUGCCUGGACAUGAGUGCCUCCCGCAACAAGCUGGCCGUGGUGGACGAAAAUGACACGUGCCUGGUGUAUGACCUCCACACCAAGGAGCUGCUCUUCCAGGAACCAAAUGCCAACAGUGUGGCCUGGAACACCCAAUGUGAAGACAUGCUCUGUUUCUCGGGGGGAGGCUACCUCAACAUCAAAGCCAGCACCUUCCCCGUGCACCAGCAGAAGCUACAGGGCUUUGUGGUGGGCUACAACGGGUCCAAGAUCUUCUGCCUCCACGUCUUCUCCAUGUCAGCUGUGGAGGUGCCACAGUCUGCUCCGAUGUACCAGUACCUGGAUCGGAAAAUGUUCAAGGAAGCCUACCAGAUCGCUUGUUUGGGCGUGACAGACACUGAUUGGCGUGAGCUGGCCAUGGAAGCUUUAGAAGGAUUAGAGUUUGAAACUGCAAAGAAGGCCUUCACCCGAGUACAAGACCUCCGAUACUUGGAGCUCAUCAACAGCAUUGAGGAGAGGAAGAAGCGGGGAGAGAGCAACAAUGACCUGUUUCUGGCAGAUGUGUUUGCCUACCAGGGGAAGUUCCAUGAAGCCGCCAAACUUUACAAGAGGAGCGGGCGCGACAGCCUUGCUCUCGACAUGUACACCGACCUCCGUAUGUUUGAGUACGCCAAGGAUUUCCUUGGAUCUGAAGACCCCAAAGAAACAAAGAUGCUAAUCACCAAACAGGCUGACUGGGCCAGAAAUAUCAACGAGCCCAAAGCCGCAGUAGAGAUGUACGUCUCGGCGGGAGAGCAUGCCAAGGCUAUCGAGAUCAGCGGCGACCAUGGCUGGGUAGACAUGUUAAUUGACAUUGCCCGCAAGCUGGACAAGGCCGAGCGGGGUCCCCUGCUGCUGUGCGCACACUACUUCAAGAAGCUGGAGAACCCUGGCUACGCGGCUGAGACCUACCUGAAGAUCGGCGACCUCCAGUCCUUGGUUCAGCUGCAUGUGGAGACUCAGCGCUGGGAUGAGGCCUUUGCUUUGGGUGAAAAGCAUCCCGAGUUUAAGGAUGACAUCUAUGUGCCCUAUGCCCAGUGGCUGGCCGAGAACGACCGCUUUGAGGAAGCCCAGAAAGCGUUCCACAAGGCCGGGCGGCAAGGGGAGGCGGUGAGGGUCCUGGAGCAGCUCACACACAACGCCGUGGUGGAAAGCAGAUUUAAUGACGCGGCCUAUUAUUACUGGAUGCUGUCCAUGCAGUGCCUCGAUAUAGCUCAAGCUCCUGCCCAGAAGGACAUGAUGCUUGACAAAUUCCACCACUUCCAGCACUUGGCCGAGCUAUACCACGGCUACCAUGCCAUCCAGCGGUACACGGAGGAGCCCUUCAGUUUCCAUCUUCCCGAAACCCUUUUCAACAUCUCCAGGUUCCUGCUGCACAGCCUGACCAAGGACACUCCCUUGGGCAUCUCUAAAGUGAACACGCUCUUCACCCUGGCCAAACAGAGCAAGGCUCUGGGUGCGUACAAGCUGGCCCGGCACGCCUACGACAAGCUGCAGGGCCUGCAGAUCCCUGCCAGAUUCCAGAAGUCCAUCGAGCUGGGCAGCCUGACCAUCCGCUCCAAGCCUUUCCAGGACAGUGAGGAGCUGGUGCCCUUGUGUUACCGCUGUUCCACCAACAACCCGCUGCUCAACAACCUGGGCAACGUGUGCAUCAACUGCCGCCAGCCCUUCGUCUUCUCCGCAUCUUCCUACGAGGUCCUGCACCUGGUGGAGUUCUACCUGGAGGAGGGGAUCUCCGAUGAAGAGGCCAUCGCCCUCAUCAACCUGGAGGCUCCCAGACCUAGUAAGCAGGAAGGCAAGUGGCAGGAGAUCACCAGCAACAACUGUCAGACUCUGAGACUGGAUGAGACCGUGGACUCCAUGGCUGGGGAUGACCCAUUCACAGCAAAGCUAAGCUUCGAGCAGGGUGGCUCGGAGUUUGUGCCAGUCGUGGUGAGCCGGUCCGUGCUGCGCUCCAUGAGCCGCCGGGAUGUCCUCAUCAAGCGCUGGCCGCAGCCCCUGCAGUGGCAGUACUUCCGCUCGCUCCUGCCGGACGCGUCCAUCACCAUGUGCCCCUCCUGCUUCCAGAUGUUCCACUCGGAGGACUAUGAACUCCUGGUCCUCCAGCACACCUGCUGCCCCUACUGCCGACGGCGCAUUGACGAUCCCAGCCCCUGA